CUCCAGAAGUUUCAGCAGAAGGCUCUGAAGCAAACUAAGCAGAAGAAAUCCAAGUCGGCUGAAUUUCUGAUGGUUAAAGAAGAUAGAGAAGCUAUGGAAGGCACUGGAAAUCCAGCUUUUAACAUGAGCAGCCCAGAUCUCUUAGCGCAUCAGACUUCAGACAAGAGAGUUAUUAGACAUGACAUGCCGGGUCACACCCUUGCAGCUCACCGACAAAAAUUCGGGCUGCUGGCCUCUGCUGAACCAAAAGGAAAUGAAUACAGCAGAAAUUACUUUGACCCACUGAUGGAUGAGGAAAUCAACCCAAGGCAGUGUGGGAUGGAGGUCAGCGGAGAGGUUGAUAAUAGAAUUCUCUGUGAUCGAUUAAUGAGGCUGUUUGACAAGAGUGAACAAGGAGAAGCCCAAGAUGAGAGCUUCAAGGAAAUUGUGGAUUCUGAAGAGCCAGAGAGUUCCAGAAAAAGACCUGAGCUCCAAGCUACCUCUGCCUAUGGUGAGGCCUCUGAGGGACAUGUUCAGAAAAGUAUAAUUCUGCUUGAAAGUUCUUCCUUGGAACAGGAUUUGAAAUUUGAAGGGGAAGGCCUCCAUCAGUACAUCCCUAUGUCCCAUUUAAAGACCGACAAAACCUGCAAGAACAGAGCACCAAGUCAACCAUUAAUUGCAGAGCUAAAUGUCUGUAAAGAAGACAGCUCAGCCAAGCUCUGCACCCUCCCAGAAGUCACUCGCGAAUCAAAGGGAGCAGCAGGACCUUGCUGGAAGGGUCAGGAGCCUCAGCGUCUUCAAAUGCAGAUGAAAUGCCUAAGGGGUCUCAAGAACAAGGCUCCCCGAGGCUCUUACCUCCUCAGAGUGUCCUUGCUCCCUCGACCAGGUGGCUGUCCCAUGCAGUGGAGGCAUACAGAGCAGCUGAAGACCAGAACACACCCAGUGAGGCAUGAUGGAAACUUUUAUGAUGUGGGGCUCUAUUUCCAUGAAAGCCUUCAUGUGGUACUCCCUCCUAAGAAAGAUGUGAAACCUGGCAUGGCUUUCUUGUUUGAACUCUGUCUCCUUCGUGGGAAAUACACUUGUUUUGACUGGGUGGUGGGCUGGGCAGCCUUUCCUUUGUGUGAUAACAACUUUGAUGUAGUAGAGGGAAAAUUCAAGUGUCCCCUUCUCCGAGGACAUUAUGAUCAGAGACUCGACAACUUCAGGAAAACGGAAGAUUUGAUUUGUUUGGACUUGGACCACUGGCUGUGCAAUCUCUACUUUCAGGUUAUUAAACUUCCUCUGUGUUUGGAUGAUCAACAAACCUAUGAAAGACAAACUCCGCUUCCCCGUGAAUUUCCAAUUUCUUUAACGGCUGAAGUACAGGAAGCAGAAUCAGGCAUGGAGAAUCCCCUGGGCCUUUCAGAGAAACAAACGGAGGAAAACAUUCGUGAAUCACUGAAUGGUAAGGCUAAACCCUCCCUACACUCUUCUCAGGGAAGCAUUUCUAAUAAAACUGGUCCCUGCCCUAUGGACUGUGAUCUCAAUCUCUUAAAAGAAGACCAUGAAUUACACAAGAAGGGAGAAAGUCUGAUCGAUCACUCAGUGAAGGAAAAAUCAGCUGCUUGGAGAACUACAGAAAUUGAGGAUUAUGCGGAGGAUUUAUCUUACUUGGAGGAACUGGAGAAGCACAGAUUUUCAGUUUGCUGUUCUUCCGCUGCCCGUGGUACUGGACCUGGGGGACUCCUCAAGCAUCUGCAUUUCGUGCUGGUGUCUGUGUUUUCGGAGCUUCAGCUAGCUCAGUGGAGAAGCCAGGGCUUCUGGUACAUCAUUCUGCUGAUGGCUUCUCUCUGGUUCCUGAGGCUCUACCUGCAUUACCUUAGCCAGUGGCUGUUCCUCCGGGCCAUUUCCACUCCUGUUACAAAAUUCCAUUUUUCCCCCUUCACGGUGGAGCUUUGCUACCCAGCUUCCUCACUUCAAAUCAGAGAAGAGUUGCUCGUGGUUGUGGUGGGACCUUUAGUGCUGAAUACAGUGGUACUUCCUUUGGUUCUGAUCAGAUGGGGCUGUCAGCUACUGUUUGCCUCCUGCCCUGACAUCUUGUCAAAGUUAAUCAUUACCAUGGGACUAUGGACAGUUCUAGACCCACUGGCAGUGUUUAUAGUGGAUAUUGCCCUGGGGCGGCUUACACAUAAUGACGAGACUCCUGUAGCUGAUGCAGCAAAGCUGUACUGGGUAUUUGUGAGAACUGAGCAUUCGGGAAUUCUUGGUGUAAUGCUCACGGUGCUCAUUUACAUCCUCCUGUUCAUUAUUUCUUCUUUAAUUUUCUAUUUGUGUUGUCUCAGAUUGCACAAUGAUUCUUGGAUAUUAGAUGCAUUUCAGCGCAUCUAUAGUGAAGAAACCAAGUUUUUCAUACCAUAUGAUUUGGAGAUUUCCAAUCAGGAGCUCAGCUACAUAGUGAAAAGGUCUGUGCAAUGGAGAGGAAUCCAUGGUGAAAGGAAGAAGGUGGCAGUGUAUGAUUAUAUCUGGAAAAACCAUGGCGUCAAGUCCAGAAUCUCCAGCUGUGACCUCCAACAGCAAAAUGAAAUUUCUGUGUCUGCACUUGGUCCAGGGGAUAUUACUUCUCGUGUAUCUAUAUACACCGUUUAUCCCAGUGGGUUCCAAGAGCUAUACCGCCAUUUUCUCCGACUCCCUAAUGGCGCCAUUGUUGAGGUGUUCGGUGAUGUCAGUGGCCUAAGGUUUAUCCCCACUGAAGUAGUCACAGCGAUUCAGGAGCAUAUCAGUGAACUGGACGAUACACCAGAAGACUCCUUUGAUGUUAAAUCAAGAGAAAUGAAAAGAAUCCACUAA